AAAAUGCCGGAAGCGAGGGGGUGUUUGCGACAAAGAUUCUUUUGUGUGUUUUAGUUCUUAUAUGUUUUAUGUGUUUUCGGUGUUGUAAGCAAGAUAGUUGUGAAUAUAUAGAACUGGCUUUGCCAGUAUGUUUUAUAUUGGUUUUGUAGCUUGUGAACCCUUUUCAAAACUUUUUUAAAAAUUUUUAUUUUAAUCUAUGGAAUUGUUCUGUCAGCUUUCAGCUUCACGAUUUGUUUUCCUAUUCACCAAGUACUAAGAAAGUAUGAGUGAAUUCGAUGAGUGAAAGAAGAUGCCAUGUGUUUCACUUGACAGUACAACUGAGUCAGCAAAAUUUUUCUGAAGAACUUGCCAUCAGAAGCCAAAAGAUCUGAGUUGUAGUCCUCACACCCUUGCAUGGCUGUUAGAAAAAUAAGUUAAGAGCUCUGUGAAACCAGUUGCUACUUUUGCUUAAGAGGCUUGCUUUGAAAGUUGUGUCUUUCUUACUUGGUUGUUUCUGUUUUGUUUAGUUUUUUUUGUUUGUGAUGUAUUUGGGCUUUUUUUCUUGGUUGUCUUCUGGUAUGCACUUCUGAGGUGAAAUUUAUUUCGAUAACUAAAAAAGACUUUAAGAGUAACAGAUAUGAGAAGUUAUGAUCCUUCAUAGAGCACUAGAUCCGUAAACUUUGGCCCAGCUGAGCAGUGAACUGCAGUAGCACGGUUUUCUUAAUCUGCUAGGCUUUCUUGGUUGCUUAUUUGUUUCUACUACUGCUGUACAAGGCCUGUUAGAGCAAUGCAUUCUUUGCCACCUCACCUGUCACUGGUGAUGUUGACAGUGUUGCUGAAUCAGCAGUGGUAUUUCUCACCAUUCCUCAUUAUCCCCAGUAAGUAACUUCUCUGGCCCCUGUCCAGUUUGGGAAACUGUUUGAAAUUUAUCACUGUAGGUCUUACAGGACAGUACAGGCAGGAUUUAUAUUUGUAGGACUUUUAUCACAGAUGUUCCUUUCUCUCCAUGCUAAGGAGGGCAGCUUAUGUGAACCAUAAAUACAAAGACGGUUAAACUAUUUCACUUGCUUGUUGAUAAGUGUCUAGUGCCAGUAAUUAGUGUCUAUGUAAUUAUUUUGUUAGGUGUUUAUUGCACAGUCAAGAGCUUCUGGAAGCCACCGAGAUGUUGAAGAUGAGGAGCUUACACGAAUCUUUGUUAUGAUACCAAAAACCUACACGGAGGAGGAUCUGCGAGAGAAGUUUAAGAUGUAUGGAGACAUUGAAUAUUGCAGCAUUAUUAAAAACAAGACUACUGGAGAAAGUAAAGGUUUGGGCUAUGUCAGGUACCUGAAGCCAUCGCAAGCUGCCCGAGCAAUUGAAGAGUGUGAUCGAAGCUACAGGGCCAUUUUGGCUGAACCUAAAAAUAAGUCAUCUGAGUCUUUUGAACAUGAUUAUUACAGUAAUAGCAUGAGGCCUGAACUAAGAGGAAAUACGCUUCCGUUUUGUAUGCAGCCAGAAUUUUGUAGCUUUGAAAAAGCUGAGACCCGAAUUCAAGAACCAGUCUCCAAACGCCUGUCAGUGGUAUCCCGGCUCCCCUUUAUUCAAGAACAGCUGUUUGCCCUCUUUGAUUUAGUUCCAGGUCUGGAAUAUUGUGAUGUUCAGAGAGACCCUCAUACCAAUAGUGGGUACGCUGUGAUUCAGUACAGCACUGCUGCCUCAGCUAUAUAUGCCAAAUACAAACUGCAUGGGUUUGAGUAUCCUCCUGGAAAUCGACUAACUGUCAUUUUCCUAGAAGAUGGGAAUGAUAGCUCAGACCUUAUCAGGAAAAUGGCAGCACAGCUGGUGACAGCCCAGGUGUCGUCAGUGUUGCGCAGUAACAGCGCAAUGGUUCAGCAGUACAGGUCGCCUCCUCAAGCAUUUGGAGGAACUUCGGGGCCACAGCUGCUGCAGCCCCAAACAGAUGCCAUACUUCCACCACCCAAAAAAAAAGUUCCACCUGACACUUCUGUGAAGGAAAGGCUUUUCAUACUUUUUCAUCCCCAUCCUUUACCUGUAAAUGUAUUGGAGGAUGUUUUCUGUCGUUUUGGACAAUUGAUAAGUGUUUAUCUUGUGGCUGGAAAAAAUGUGGGCUAUGCCAAAUUUGCAGACAGAGCAAGUGCCAGCGAGGCCAUAACUGCAUUACAUGGCAAGAUUGUGAAUGGUGUGAGGCUGAAGGUGAGGUUGGCAGACUCGCCCUCAGAGGAGCCCAACAAGCGCCAGAGAACUUACUGAGCAGAAACUAAGUAAUGACAUGAUCCUCAGCUAGCUGACUGACUGACUGAAAACGUGACUAGACAUGCUUCCUGUGGACAGUGACAGCUUUUUUCAGUGACAACUUUUUUUUUUUCUUAAUUGUUACUUAGUUAAUCCAUGAUCCUUUUUCUUUCUGAAUAUGCAGACGUGCACUUUUGAAAAUUAUAUAGGCAUUGAAAACUGUAAACUGGUGGUUGUUCUUGUAAUAGUACAUAACCUUGUAUUACAGAAAUAGCUCUUGUUUUUACCUGAAUCCUUCCUAUAAGAUGGAAAUUACAAUGAUGGAGGAAAUAAAGAAGCCAGCAUUUUCUGACUUGACUGGUUAAUUGAUAAUGAUUCAGAUUCUGUUAAAAUAGAAGACAUCUCUCAUGAUCCAAAUUGCAUUGAACAGUGAAGUACAGCAGUAAAUUCAAAGAAAAUGAAGUAACUCUAACAAUGCUAGCGGACACGUCAGUAUUAAUCUAGAUAUAAGAAAAUAGCUGUAGUCAACAAAAUAAUUAAAAGUACAUUAUUAAAUA